AUGUCAUCAGUGGUGCACGAAAGUGGUACUGACGAUGAUUCUCCUUCUAAAGUUUUGGCUGAGGAUUUGAGAGAGUUCCAUAUUAGUUCACCUUUGGAAAAUGUCAAAGUUAAGAAAUAUGAUUUCGAAACUACUGUCGAGGAGAUUGACGAUGGCGAGUCUUCAACGACGCAGGAAACUGUAGAGGCCCCUAGAGGAGGCAAGAAAAAUUUCAAACAAUAUCUUCCCAAUCAUGAGUUUUCUGAUUCGAAGUUUAUCACGAGAAUUGAAGAUCCAGGCAACGAUUCUUCGGUGGUUGGGGAUCAUAGCAAUGUUAUAGAUGGAUCCUUGAUACUGAGAAGCAAAAAUGGUAGCAGCGGAAAUGGGUACUUGAAGAAAUUAGAAGAUUGGUCCUUAGAUGACGAAGGAACGGUGCAAAGAAAAAUUGGUACUAAAAAUGAAUCAAAUAAAGAAAAUUAUGACCCGCCACAAUGGAAACAUCAUUUGUUAUUAAAUGGUAACAUAGAUAAUAAUAAUAGUGGUAAUAACAAUAAGCUUUCAAAUUUAAAGGCAAAAGAUCCAGAAUCUGAUCUUAUUGUAACAACUUCCUUCAGUGAUAUUUCAGGAAUUCCUACUAAUACAUUCAAAAACCAUAAUAGUAAUAAGAGUAAUAGAAUGGAUUCGGGAAAAAAGUCUUUAAUGGAAGCACCAAUUGGGGUUCGAAAUGAAAACAAAAUUUUGAAAUACGAAUUCAAUGAAGAAAUUAUGCAACAUGAUAUAUCUGAAGAUUUUGCUGAUGACCCUGCUGCUUUCGCGAACAACGUUUUUGAUAAUAUGAUGAAGAAACAAAGAUCAAUGCAUCAGCUCCCAAAUGUCAGUGGCAUUAAAGGAACAGAAGAAAGUGACGAAAAUCUAGACGAAGGCUAUAGCACAGAUCCUGUUAGAGCCGCUCACGAUGUCUUUAAUGGGAUCAUCAAGAAAAAUAAAAGACACAGCUAUGAGUUUCAGACAGUAAAGAGCAAAGGUCCUCGUCGUAAAAUCAGUAACACAACGACUACAACAAAUACGUCUAUUAAUAGUAACUUCAAGAUUAAAUCCUUAGAUACUGAGCCCAAGAAAAAGUUAGAAGAAUUCGAAAGCGAUUCAUCUUAUUUGGGGGAUACACCUUCACUAAUGUCAUCCCCUGUUUUACAGAGGUAUAGUGAAACUAAUUCAAAGUACGAAUUUAAACUAAAUCAAGAACUCGCAAAUAAGAAAAAAAUGACUAACAAUGUGCCAUUAAUUAAACCAGAAGCAUUGGGUUUGGUGUUCAAUCAAGGAACUGGUGUUUGGGAAAAACCUAACAAAACAUUUUCUUCACAAGAUAUAUCAAGUAGUCGAACAGUUGAUAAUAUAACUACGACAAAUAACAGCGAUAUCACAGUAGAAGAACAAUCUGAGAUUUCAGAAAGAGAAAAACAUAAGGCAGAACCAUUAGCAAAUUAUACUGGUAUGGAUCUUUCAAGUUUAGAUGACACACCUAUUGACACACCAAAGAUAAAUCCAAAAUUUUUACUUCGAAGAAAUGAAAAUGAUCGAACUAAGAAGUUAGAUUCGAUUCUCCCAAGCUCUUCUGUGAAUAAUUAUGAAGGAAAUAAAGAUUCUAAACAUCAAAGUCAUGGGGAUAUAACUAGAAUUUCACAAGUUUUCGAUUCAUCAUUUUAUCAAAAUAAACAAAAGUUAAUUUCAGUUUUAACCGAUGUGAUAACAUUAUAUCAAGAUAAAAAGGAAACACAAUGGGAAAAGAUAGAUGCCAUUGAUCUUGCAAAUCAAAACUUGGUAAGUCUAGUUGGUAUGAAUGAAUUGUUGCCCAACUUAGAAGAGAUCGAUUUGAAGAAUAAUGAGAUCAAUUCGCUUAGUGGAUUACCAAGCGGUAUAAUAAUUCUUAAUAUGAGCGAGAAUAAGCUGAGUAACAAUUUUAUUUCUUUAGAAAAUUAUCAAGAAUUAGAAGAUAUUGAUCUGAGUAGCAAUGCAUUGAAAUUUAAUUUGAAUUUUUUAUCUCAUAAUAAGCAUUUAAAGAAGGUGAACUUGAGGUACAAUGGAGUUGAGUCUUUAAAUGGAUUGGGAAAUUCUCGGUUGAUAUCCCUUGAUCUACGAGACAAUUCAAUUGAAGGGGAAUUAGAUUUUAAUAAGAUCAUUAACAGCGAAAAUAUUAAAUGUUGGGAAAGUAUUCAAGAAUUAAGAUUAGAUGGCAAUGAGAUAACAAGGAUUUGUAAUAUCUACCGAUUGAGAAACUUGAAAAAGAUAACAUUACUUAAUAAUCCGAUAGUGGAAUUUGAUAUUGGCAAAGAUACACUGCCUCAAUUAGAAGAGUUUGAAAUUAAUAAAAAUGACGUUUUGAACGUACGAUGCAAGAAAAAAAUAUUCCCUUUCCCCAGCAUACGAAAGUUAAAAAUUGGAUGGUUGAAUCUUAAUAAUAUGAUUGUAGAGGAAAAGCAAAAUAUACCUUUUACACUAGAAGAGAUUGAAAUUAUUGGCAAUACCGAAAUGGGAAAUGAGAAAAAUGAUAAGAAUAUUGAAGGAAUCAAAGAGGUCAUAAUGAGUUUACCAGUUGGUACAAGUAAAUUAGCAAUUGAAAAUAUCAAUCUAAAAGGUAAACUUAUUGAACAUGCGGAAGAAAAAUUACCAAUAUUGCAAGAAAUCAAUUUUAAUAGAUGUGGCAUUACAAGCCUUUACGAGUUAAUGUUAUUUUUACCAAACUUAAGCAUAACCAAACUAACAUUAAUUGACAACCCAUUAGUAAGCAACUGUAACCGACAGGAGACACAAGAAAUGGAGCAAAUAAUUAAGAAAGCAUGUCCAAAUUUGCAAGAUCUAACACUAAAUUAA